CCCACGUAUAUAGCGGGCGGCGCAGGCUCACAGACACAGCACUCUGUGAGCCGCGCCGGGAGGAGGCAGCAGUUGCCGCCGCCGCCGCUCGUGGUCGCGCAGUUCGUGCAGCCGCCGCCGGGCCCGCCGCCGCCGCGCCAUGGCUGAUCAGCUGACUGAAGAACAGAUUGCUGAAUUCAAGGAAGCCUUUUCCCUAUUUGACAAAGAUGGUGAUGGUACUAUCACAACAAAAGAACUGGGAACUGUCAUGAGGUCACUGGGUCAAAAUCCAACAGAAGCAGAAUUGCAGGAUAUGAUCAACGAGGUAGAUGCCGAUGGCAAUGGGACUAUCGACUUCCCUGAAUUUUUAACCAUGAUGGCCAGAAAAAUGAAGGACACAGACAGCGAGGAAGAAAUCCGUGAGGCAUUCCGAGUCUUUGACAAGGAUGGCAACGGCUAUAUCAGUGCAGCAGAACUACGCCAUGUUAUGACAAACUUAGGAGAAAAGCUAACAGAUGAAGAAGUAGAUGAAAUGAUCAGAGAAGCAGACAUUGAUGGGGAUGGGCAAGUCAACUAUGAAGAAUUCGUACAGAUGAUGACUGCAAAGUGAAGAGACCUCCUUUACACCUUUUUUCCUCUAGAAGAAUCAAAUUGAAUCUUUUACUUACCUCUUGCAAAAAAAAAUGUUCAUUUAUUCAUUCUGUUUCUGUAUAGCAAAACUGAAUGUCAAAUUACCUUCUGUCCACAAACUGCAUGUAAUGGUUGGUGGUCCUGUCCCUAAAAGAUAAAGUUAAACAUCAGUUUUACAAUAUAAAUAAUUGUACUACCUUGAAAAUAAAAAAAAAAAAGGAAGCACUUAGUGAACUCAAAAGUUCCAUUUGCUAAUGACUAUUACACUGUUUGGGCUGGCCAGUUUUUCAUGCAUGCAGCUUGACAAUUGAGCACAGUCAGACAUGUGUAUUAAAAGGAAAAAAAAACCUAAAGGAUCCACUCUCUUGUUCAAUAGUGGAUUCUAGUUCAAUUUGUAGUAUAAAUUGUCAUAGCUGGUUUACUUUAAAAUUGGUUUAUACCUCAGGAUGGUAUGCAGCAAAAUGGUUGAAGGAUGCAAAACUUAAAGAAAAUGCCCUAAAGGUUGAAUGGUUCUCCUGUACGUAGCAGUGUGCUCCAAAAAUAGGAUGAUCUUAACUAUGGAUGGCAUGUCUGUGUUAAAAUACUGGUUUAACAUUGUCUGCAUUGCACUAUAGUGAAACGGGUGUCAGGCUGUUACCGUUCACAAAAUUUUUAAAAGAAACCUUCACCAAGGGAGCAUCUUUGGACUCUCAUAUUUUUAAAACCUUCUGUACCAUGACUUGGAGCUGGCGGAGUAGCCUGUGGACUUCAGCACAACUAUCAACAUUGCUGUUCAAGAUAUUACAGUUUAUGUCCAUUCCAAGUUGUAAAUGCUAGUCUUUUUUUUCCAAUAAAAGACCAUUAACUUAAAGGUGGUGUUAAAUGCUUUGUAAAGUUAAAAUAUAUAUAUAUAAUUGAGAUAAUAAACCAAAAAAGCAGUAGGAAGGAAGUGUUUCUAUGAAUGACUUGCUGCUAAAUUAUAAUGCACAUGUAUGCAAUAAGUUAUCCCCUAUCUUUUCAAGAUGGCAAGAACUGACCUCCUGUAACCCAAGACCUUUGCUAUAAAUAAAUGAACUUGUGCUUGCCUUUCA